GAGACACGGGAGCAGCGGCGGCAGCGGGGUUUGUACGCAGGUCCCAAGGCAGAGGCGCUUCCUAGCUGGUCCCUGAAGGGCUCUGCGCAUCAAGCUAGCUCUGGGGGGAGGGGGGGGGUCUCCUCUUUCUUUCCCCUUUCCUUUCUUCUAGGCAGGUCUGCUGAGGGCUGAGUCCAGCCCAGUUUAGGGAUAUCCGCAGUGGGGCUGUUGCAUUAUUUUGGUCGGGGUAGAGAAGGGGCUGAGCUGAGGGGUCCUGCUGCCUGGCCUGUGACCAUUACAGUCCCAUAGUUUGUCUCACUUCCRCUGAGAGAAGAAAAGGAGUGAAGAGAGAGAAGAGGGUUUGUGGAUGCACUUAGAUGUUUGCAAUGAGCACUGUGGCUGGCAUGCCCCAGUGUUUUGGAUACCAAUGCAUAGGACUCCGUAGUAAUCGAAUUUAUCAGAAACGAACGUCAUGAGCAUAGUGAUCCCAUUGGGGGUUGACACAGCUGAAACUUCUUAUUUGGAAAUGGCUGCAGGCUCAGAACCAGAAUCUGUAGAAGCUAGCCCUGUGGUAGUUGAAAAAUCGAACAGUUAUCCGCACCAGUUGUACACCAGCAGCUCGCAUUCACACAGUUACAUUGGUCUGCCCUAUGCAGACCAUAACUAUGGUGCUCGGCCUCCUCCAACGCCUCCAGCUUCUCCUCCUCCGUCAGUGCUUAUCAGCAAGAAUGAAGUAGGCAUAUUUACCACUCCCAACUUUGAUGAAACCUCCAGUGCUACAACCAUCAGUACAUCAGAGGAUGGAAGCUAUGGAACUGAUAUUACCAGAUGCAUUUGUGGAUUUACACAUGAUGAUGGAUAUAUGAUCUGUUGUGACAAAUGCAGUGUUUGGCAGCACAUUGACUGCAUGGGGAUUGACAGGCAACAUAUUCCAGACACUUAUCUGUGUGAACGUUGUCAACCAAGGAGUUUAGAUAAAGAAAGGGCAGUGCUGUUGCAGCGAAGAAAAAGGGAAAAUAUGUCAGAUGGGGAUACCAGUGCAACGGAAAGUGGUGAUGAGGUUCCUGUGGAACUAUAUACUGCUUUUCAACAUACACCAACUACAAUUACUGUAAAUCCUGCGAGAGUUACAAAAGUCAAUGAUAAGAAAAGGAAAAAAAGUGGGGAGAAAGAGCAGAACAUAGCAAAAUGUAAAAAAGCAUUUCGAGAAGGGUCCAGGAAAUCUUCAAGAGUAAAGGGCUCAGCUCCAGAGAUUGAUCCUACUGACAGUUCCAACUUUGGAUGGGAAACUAAAAUCAAAGCAUGGAUGGAUCGUUACGAAGAAGCAAAUAAUAACCAGUACAGUGAAGGUGUCCAGAGGGAGGCACAAAAAAUAGCCCUGAGAUUAGGCAAUGGGAAUGACAAGAAAGAAGUCAACACCAGCAAUCUGAUUUUCAAACCUCCAGUAGAGAGUUAUGUGCAAAAAAACAAGAAAAUUUUAAAAGCUGCCAAAGAAUUGCCUCCUGAUGCUCUUAUUAUUGAAUACAGAGGAAAGUUCAUGCUGAGAGAACAAUUUGAAGCUAACGGAUAUUUCUUUAAAAGGCCAUACCCUUUUGUCUUGUUCUACUCCAAAUUUCAUGGGCUAGAAAUGUGUGUUGAUGCAAGGACAUUUGGAAACGAAGCUCGAUUCAUCAGGCGUUCRUGUACACCAAAUGCAGAGGUGAGACAUGUAAUUGAAGAUGGAACAAUUCAUCUUUAUAUUUACUCCAUCCAUAACAUUCCAAAGGGAGCUGAGAUUACRAUUGCAUUUGAUUUUGAUUAUGGAAAUUGUAAAUACAAAGUGGAUUGCGCUUGCCUCAAAGAGAAUCCUGAAUGUCCUGUUCUGAGACGUUCCGAACCUACCGAAAACAUCAUCACUGGGUAUGAGACCAGGAGAAAAAAAGGAAAGAAAGAAAAGGAUGCUUCAAGAGAAAAGGAGACUCAAAAUCAGAACAUCACAUUGGACUGUGAAGGAGCAGGCAACAAAAUUAAAAUCCCAGAUAAUAAGCAGAGGAAGCUAUCUCCCCUCAGGCUCUCCAUCUCUAAUAAUCAGGAGCCAGAUUUUAUUGAUGAUAUAGAAGAAAAAACUCCUAUUAGCAAUGAAGUAGAAAUGGAAUCAGAGGAGCAGAUUGCAGAAAGGAAAAGGAAGAUGACAAGAGAAGAGCGGAAAAUGGAAGCUAUUCUGCAAGCUUUUGCCAGACUAGAAAAAAGAGAAAAAAGAAGAGAGCAGGCUUUGGAAAGAAUCAGCACAGCAAAAACUGAGGUUAAAUCAGAAUGCAAGGAAGCACAGAUUCUCAAUGACACUGAAUUCAUUCAGGAACCAGCAAAAGAAGAAACUGCCACCAAGCCCACCCCAGCCAAGGUGAACAGAGCUAAGCAGCGGAAGAGCUUCUCUCGGAGCAGAACUCACAUAGGGCAGCAGCGCCGGCGGCACCGGACCGUGAGCAUGUGCUCCGAUAUCCAGCCUUCUUCUCCCGACGUGGAAGUGACUGCACAGCACAACGACCCCGAGAGCGCUGCGCUAGUGGCCGAGCCCGAAACAGAAACUGUCGUGACAGAAAUGGUUACUGAAACAGAAGCUCCAACGCUGAAUAAAUGCCCUUCUAAGUAUCCCAAAACAAAGAAGCACUUGGUCAAUGAAUGGUUAAGUGAAAAGAGUGACAAGACAGGAAAACCUACAGACAGUCUUCCAGAAAGGCCUCUGCGUAUAACUACUGACCCUGAAGUUCUGGCAACUCAGCUGAAUUCUCUACCAGGUCUCACUUACAGCCCGCAUGUAUAUUCAACUCCAAAGCACUAUAUUCGUUUUACUUCACCAUUCCUUUCAGAAAAGAGGAGGAAAAAGGAAGCAGUGGAAAACAUUACUGGCUCUUGUAAGAAGCGUUGGUUGAAGCAGGCUUUGGAAGAAGAAAAUUCAACAGUGAUUGAUAGAUUUAAUUCCCCAUUUCAAGAGGGAUCUAGAAGCCCAGCCAUCAAUGGUGAAAAUAAGAGCCCUUUAUUGCUGAAYGACAGCUGUUCCUUAACAGAUCUAACCACGCCAUUAAAGAAACGAAGACUGUAUCAGCUGUUGGAGUCUGCUUUCUCAGAGACAUCCACACCAACCCCUUCUCCCUACGCCACCCCGACGCACGCCGACAUCGCCGCCCCGGAGCCGUCCCUGUUCGCUACUCCGCCUAGGAUCAAAACGGAAGAGGAAACUUGUCGAAAUGGUUACAAACCCAUUUACUCACCAGUUACUCCUGUAACUCCAUGUAUCCAYGGAAAUACCAUGCACUUUGAGAAUAUUUCCUCACCUGACAGUUCCCCAGAAAUAAAAAGGAGAGCUUACAGUCAAGAGGGAUAUGACAGAGCAUCGAUUCUAGCACUGAAUUCUUUCAGAAGUUCAAAUCUGACAGAAAUGGGCCUGCAAGAAAUCAAGACUAUUGGAUAUUCCAGCCCGAGGAAUAGGACCGAUGUCACGCGGCAGUGCACUGGAGAGAUGGAAUCUGUGUCAGACCUCCAGCUGGGACUCGAAGUAGUUGAGCAAAGUACACUGCAUAAAAACCUGGAAGCCCCCACACACGAUAGGACUGAUUCAAACAGCCAACUAGAAACUGCUCUUUGUGGCCGGGGCACAAUUUAUUCUUCCUGGGUAAAAAGUCCCGACAGGACAGGUGUAAAUUUCUCAAUGAAUUCUAAUUUGAGGGACUUGACACCUUCACAUCAGUUGGAGGUAGGAGGUGGAUUCAGAAUAAGUGAGUCAAAGUGCCUGAUUCAAGACGAUGCUAGAGGCAUGUUCAUGGAAGCAUCUGUUUUUUGUACUUCAGAAGAUGGAAUUGCAUCUGGCUUUGGAAGGGCUCUCAAUAACGACAACUUGAUGGAUGGAAAUUGCACACCCCAGAAUCCUCCGCAAAAGAAAAAGGUAUCCCUACUGGAAUACCGCAAGAGGCAGCGGGAAGCGAGGAAGAGCGGCUCGAAGGCGGAGAGCUUUCCCCUGGUGACCGUGUCUCCUCACGCGGCCGCCGCGGGAGCCCUGAGCGGCGGCGACGGCUUCGGCGCCGAGAGCGGGGAGCAGGCGGAGGGCGCCGCGGGGCCGCCGCUGCCGCCCGCCUGCGCCGCGGCCCCCGACGAGGCGCCCGGCGCCCCGAGGGAGCCCCCCGGCAGCGACAAGAGCGAGCCGGAGGUUCAGUGGACUGCGUCAACAUCUGUGGAACAAGUGCGAGAACGGAGUUACCAGCGAGCUCUGCUGCUCAGCGAUCACAGGAAGGACAAAGACAGCGGAGGAGAGUCACCUUGUAGCCCAUGCUCACCGUGUCAUGUUCAGUCUCCACCUUCAUCUCAUUCAAAUCUCAUUUCCCAGUUGCAGCUUAAGGUCCCUCCUUUCACUGAAUGUUYGGAAGAACCUGAUCCUGAAAACCCAGAGCCCGCUUCCGAAUGUCCGUCCCCAGAUACUUCACAGAAGACUUGCAGGAGUCCUUCAAAAGCCAGCAAGCCUCCUUCCCCGAGCCCUGUCGCUGCAGCACAGUCGCUUGGGAAGCCGGCCCCAAAAGCAGAUCCGCACUGGGAGGCCGCAGCCCCUGCCGCGGAGGCCGAGAGCGCCGCGCAGCCGAGACCGGAGCUGCAGCAGAAGCCGCUGCCAAGUAACGUCCAAGCACUUUCAAAACCCCACCCCGCGCAAGCGGCGCCGCGCGGCGCGGCCGAGCCGCCUGCCCACGCGCAGAAGGUGCCCGCGGCGCCGCUGAAGCUGCAUUGCCCCCCGUCGCCCCACGUGGAGCCCCCCGCGAAGCCGCCGACGCCGCACGGCGCGGGGCAGCACGGCUACCUGUCGCCCAAGCCGCCCGCGCAGCCGCUGGGCUCUCCCUACCGGCCCCACCACCCGCCCUCGCCGCAGGUGCCGGCGCCGCAGAGGGACUCGCACCGCAGCUUCUACGCGACGGCGCCGCCGCUGCAGCCCGCGGCCUCGCAGCCCGCCGGGAGCCUCUUCCCUCCCACCACCUCGGGACAGUCGGCAGCUUCCUACAGCCCCUUCAACCAACAAACUCUGGGCGGCGGCGCCCCGCCGCCUCCCCCGCCCCCGCCGCCCUCCUCCACCUACUACCAAAACCAGCAGCAGCCCUCUGGGACCUUCCAGAGCUACAGUCAGCUGAAGGGCAGCGUGCCCGCCCCGGCUGCCUUCUCCUCCGGACCAAACCCAGCACUUGCCGGCACCGCGGCGCAGCAGCCGGGGCCGGGGCACCACGUAAGCGCAGGGCACUUUCUGCCUUCCCCGAGCCCCAGCCUCCAUCACCAGGCGUCGCCGUCGGCGGCGCCGCCGCCCCCGCCGCCGCCCGCGCCGGGCGCCCACCUGGUGCCGCCACAGGGCGCCCACCCGCCGCACUCGGUGGCGCACGUGGUGCACGCGGUGGCGCCCAGCUCGCACAUCCACUCGCCGGCCGCCGGGCACCACCUGCCGCCGCCACCGCCGCCGCCGGCCCCGCUGCCCCUGCACCAGCCCCCGCACCCCCCCAGCGGACACCAGGGUUUGCAAGCACAGCACCAGCACGGGGUGCCCUCCGCGCCGCCGCCACCGCCGCCCCCGCCGGCGCCCGCCCUCGCCGCGGGCCACCACGAAACACUUAAUUUCUGCGUGCAAUGUACAGUAACCAAUCGUAUACCUAGGCAUGGGACCAAAAUUAAAGCUAGUGCAAAUCGGUUUCGGAACGUGUAA